AUGUCUGUUAUGGAACUGGAAAAAGAAAAGGAAAAAUUUAGAGCGGCAAAGCAUUUGCUUUCUGGCUUUAUGGAUAUGUUACGACACGACAGUGAUGUCUUGGAUAAAGAAGAUAAUGUGCAGAACUCCUUAGAAAAGUUUUCCCUCAUAACUCAUACUUUUGGCACACCGGCAAUUUUGGCAGGAUUAUCAACAUUUUUGAUGUAUGUACAAGAAUCAUUAGAUAUAUUGUCGCAACAGAGCACAGUGGCAGGGUUUCAAGUAGAUAAUUUUCAUGGCUCAACCGUUUUUUAUUCACAGCAAAUCAAUGGCGCGCAUUUGAAUGAUGGAAUAAAGAAAUUUGAUAAUCGAAACUAG